AUGGACCAAGUACCGGAUACAGCCCAGCACUUUAUCGAGUGUGACACAGAAUCAUGUAGGGAUUUUUCUGCGUUUUAUUGUAAUACCUGUUAUCAGAAAAUCUGCUGUCAAUGCGAACAGUUUCAUUUAGAUCAAAACAAUGGACACGAUAUUGUCCAUUAUCAUGAGAAAAAAAGAAAACUUCCUUUAGAAAAAUGUAUGAUCCACCCCACAAAUGACAUUAAUGUACACUGUGACGUGUGCCAGGAUCCCCUUUGUUAUAUGUGCUUUGCCCAACAUCACAGUGAUCAUGAUUUCAGUGACCUUGAAUCAAUUUACAAUGACAUUCUACAGCAAUGUCAGAAGGAAGUUACUCAUAUUUGGGAAAGAGAAAUCCCUAGAGCUAGAGAUUAUGCUGCCUUACUUGAGAAAAAGAAAGAAAAUGUUAAGAAAGAAAUUGCUAAGUUUAGAGUUUCCAUGAAGGAAAGAGCAGAUGAACUAAAGAGUGCUAUUGACAGUACACUAAUUGAUAAAAAUAAAGAACUGACUGAAAUAGAGAACUCUAUGAUAUCUGAUACAGUAGAACAAUUGAAGGAAACAAAGGAAUAUAUAAAUUACCUGGAAAAAUUGAUUACAGAUUGCGAGAGUAAAAUGUUUUCAAUCAAACCCACUGAACUCAUGGAUCUCCAUAAAGAUAUUUCUCUAGCCACCCUAAAAAGACCUAGCGAAACUGAACCAAAACUACAGUUGUUCACACUAUGCACACUAAAUAAAGAAGAAAUAGUCAAACAACUAGAAAUAGGAAAAAAAGACGUAGAUUCGUCUGAAAAGUUGUUUGACCCUUCGUCUGUCAAAAAGAUACAUGAAGUACCAACCGCGGCAUAUAGAAUUUACCAUUUGUCCCCCUCGCCCCCAGAUAAAUUUUGGGUCAUCGAUGGCUUUGGAAAUCUAACUCAGUCUGACAUGAAAGGAAAAAUCUUAUCAAGGGGGAUUUCGACAAGCUUAUGGUACAUGUAUAUCAUAGGGAACCACACAGUCACAAGAGAGGGAAAGCUUCUUUACACUGAUUAUGGUAAAAACUCCGUCUAUAGGGUAACUGGUGAGAAGACCAUCAACAAACUAAUUGACACAUGGACCUGGGGUCCUGGAGCGAUCUACUCUUCUCCCAUCAAUGGACACCUUUUAGUUGGGAUGGAGCUAAAUUCUGACUGGAAAAUAACCAGGUACAACAGCGAAGGAAGGAAAUUAUUGGAAAUACAACAUGUUCAAGAGGAUAAAAAAGUACAAACUCUCUACCAAAGAGAUGAUAAAAGACAGACUCUUUAUCAAAGCGUUUACUUCAUCACAGAGAACAUGAAUGGCGACAUUUGUGUAUCUGACUUUAAAGCCAAAAAGGUGGUAGGGGUGACCAGAUCAGGUCAUUUUAAGUUCUCUUACUCUGGUCACGACCCUCAGUUCGAAUUCUGUCCCUAUGGCGUCUGUACAGAUGUUCUUGGGCAUAUUUUGGUGUGUAGUAGCUAUUAUAGACUUGAUAAAAGUUACUCAAGUGUCCACUUGCUGGAUAGUAAUGGAGAGUUCAUAACUCUAUUGCUCGAACCGGAAAAUUGUCCUUUAUUGUCCUGCGCUCUUUGUAUUGACGACAAACACAAUUUCUUGGUUGGGGGAAGAGAUAGUUCUUCUGUCUAUGUGUAUAAGUAUUUGCAAAAUAUGGAAAAAUGA